AUAGGUAAUGCACUGAUAAUGAUACUCAGAAGUCAGAUAAACAAGUAACCGUAUUUAUUACAAAUCCAGUAUCUUCGAAUCUCAUUCCGUUAAGAAGAUUCGACGGAUUUCGAAAUGAGACUGCUGACGUGCUUCACAACUUUUGCGCUGAUCGGCCUUCUGGUCGCCGCUCCCACCUCUAACGAUGAAGAUGAUGAUAAAAUUGUAGUAACAAAGGAGUUUUACAUCAAAGAAUUUGUUAAAUAUAAGGCAGAGCAUGAUAUAGUCAACUUGGUUGUACCUCUUAACUCACUCAAUUUUGAUGAAAGUGACUCUAGUUCAUCUGAAUCCAAUGAGCUAGACAGUGAUAUCAUAUUAUUCUUCGUUGAAGCUGAUGUCCAGCCAGACGGCAGCCGUGUAGAUCAAGGACUGUACGUCCUCAAGGAUGAUAAGGCCACAAAAAUUCUGGACUAUGGCAGAGAUGCCGCUGCGUCAGGCGACGACAGCAAAAAAGCUUUCUUCGGAGCUAAAGAUGGACUUUACGUGUACAACCCAAAGACAAACUCCGCUGACAAAUAUGGACCAAUCACGGAUAGCAUUAUUGCAAUCGACAUGGAGAAACUUGGUGAAGUAAUUUACAUUUUGACUGAGGAUCGUGACGUGUACAAAGUUACUGAUAACGGCGAGAAGAAAGAGAAAUUAGACGACGUUGUUAAACCCAAGCAAAUUGUUCUAGAUUUCGAAAACAACCUGUACUUCUUUUCCGAUGAUAAUGUACCAUACGUCCGCACAGCUGACGGUGUUAAGAAAAUUGAAGGUCUCCCAGAAGCCACGGGCACUGUAACCCUUAUUAAACCUCCUUUCUUCCUUGAUAAUGGUGCACCAGUUAUCAUUAAUAACAAAGUGUACCUUAUGUACUCUAACGGUAGUAGUGAAGCUACAGAUUUUGAAUUCCAACCUAAAGCGAUACCAACCGCUCUGGCCCCAGAAGCGACGCUCGUUCAAUACUAUGCUUACGACAAGAAAAUCUAUGAAUACAAUAUAUUAGCUUUAAUUAUAAGCUCUCUCGUAGAAGAGAUCACCGAUUUCCUCAAGAAACAAGCAACGGAAAUUAACAAUUUCGCCUCAAAGGAAACCAAUCUGAAGCGUAAAUUACAGCCUUCUGAAAAAUCUCCGAAGAUAAAAUCUCAUGCUUAAAUUCCAACGACGAAUAAUUAUUUUUAAUAUCAUCACUAUCAAAUAAAUUACUUUUACUUAU